AUGGCUAUGGAAUGUUUUCCGUGGGCGCCGGCGCAGUCUCAGUGUGGCAAGCCCUUGUGCAUGGGCAGCCACAGAAUCAAGGCUGAGCGACCCUCGGUGCCCACACAGGCGCCCAAGCAAGACCGACGAGGAAUCUGGCGAGAUUACCAGCCAGACAGUGACGACUACGACCCGCGCAGCGCUCCGUUGUUGCCACCCCCCGAGGACGAGCACAAAGAUAUUCGACGACAGGCCGCAGCCCUCCGUGGUCGCAUCAAGAGGGGUGGACCUGAGAAAGUUCUUACACAUUACAAGAUGGUCCUGCAGGACUUAGAGAGCUCUAUGGCGCCCGCUUGGCCUCGCAAGGCUUUGGCGAGCCACAAGCGUACACCAUCUUCUCAGUCGGCGUUGACGGAGUCAACCCAGUUUCCAGGCGAGGAGAUGGACGAGGUGGACGAUCUGCUCGAUGACACUGAGGACGAGAUGGAGAUUCCGGAGGAAGCUCUCGAGGUCGCAGUUGCCCGGAGCUUUGCCAAAAAGGCCCUGCCCAGUGAGACGCACCGCAGGCGGCCGAUCCCCGUGUACCAAGUCUACCAAGCUCAGACGAUGACAGCUUCCUCGAAGGAAGCCAAGCCUUUGAUCUUCCAGCCUUUGUAG